UCAACUGACAUUCUUGACAUUACUUAUAAAAACUGUAAAUUAUUUUUCAUGUUGAUGCGUGGUGCACAUUAUCUUCAAUAUAUGCACAAUCAUCAUAACCUAUUUUAAAACAGUUUAAUUAGCAUUCAGUCCAGGGUCCACUUUCCCUAAAAUGUCAUUUGUUGACUCACGUACUCUCGACGCGUUACAAUCGCUAUAAGCUGUCAAGUGUCAAACUCGCAGCCGCUCAUCAUCAACCAAAUUCCUGUGAUGCAACCGGAAGCCGCCAAAAUCCCUCAACCUUCUUCGGCAUGAAGAUCUUCAAAACCGUCCCGUGGCUGCAGCGGCGCUACAGCGCCUUCUCCGCCGACACCAUCUUCAGCGAGGAAAACGUAAAGAAAACCAUCACGAAUUUCGCGAAAAUGAAACCCCUAGUGCAGCAGUCCAAGUUGCCGGUAAAGAAGGCCGCAGUCCUGAUCCCGCUUUGCGUCAUCAACGAUAAGGUGUCGCUGCUAUACACGCUGCGCGCGGCCAAUUUGAAAAGUCACAGGGGGCAGGUGAGCUUUCCGGGAGGAAUGGAGGACGCGGGGGACAAGAGCGUGGUGGAGACGGCGUUGCGGGAGACGCAGGAGGAGCUGGGGAUCGGGCCCGAGUUGGUGGAGGUGUGGGGGAAAGGCAACAUAGUGACCAAUCACGUGGCGAGUGUGAUGCCGGUGGUGGGGGUGCUGAAGAUCAGUAACCUUCAGAAGGACCUGUCGGUGAACCCUGGGGAGGUUAAGGAGGUUUUCACUGUGCCUUUGGAGGUUUUGUGCGACCCGCAGCACGUGAGGCAUACGCAGUUUCGGGCGAAUUAUUCUUUGCCGGUUUAUACGGGGGGGAAGAGGAAGAUUUGGGGGCUCACGGCGAUUAUUACGCAUUUGUUUCUUAGGGCGAUGCUGUCGAGGGAGGAGUAUAAUCCGAGUGUCAAGUUUGUGCCUCCCUUGAAGGCGUCGAGCCGGAACUAUGGGUUUUUGUAGGGCGGGUUUAUUUAUUUGGGUAUUUAACUUUAUUGCGAUGUGCAUUGUGAUGACAAAUAUAAGUAUUUUCUAGACAGUGUAA